AUGGACCGAAAGGGGGUGUGUUUGUUUCUUUCAUUUUUUCUUUUUCCAGAAAACAAUGGCCUACUCUUUCACGGAGAUAAUACAAACGUGCAGUCCACGACGACAAUCGGACCGCUUGGACGCGAUGCCACGCUCUCACUUUUAGUACAAGAAGUUUUGGAUUUAAAAGCCAAAGUGAAAGUUCAGGAGCAGGAAAUCCAAACUCUGAAAAAUAACCAAAAGCUUGACAGCAAUGUUACUUCUAGCACUGUGAAUCAGUUGAUGUCAAAAUUCCUCGAUUUGACGUCUUCCUUUAAUGCCAUUAAGCAAGAAUUUGAUCAUCUGAACAAUCUAACAGGAUUACAAGUUAUCACGCAAAGACUGUCAAACAUGGAACACUCUAUUCGUUACCUCACACUUUCGUUGAACAACAAUGAAAUCAAGGAUGAAAAAAUAAACAAUACCAUUUUCCUGGAACUCAGUUCUUUAAACAGAAAACAAAACAACAUUAAAAUUGAACAUGAUAUCUUAAACACAACCCUUUUCCAAGAACAAACAUCUUUACAAACGGCAGUACACAAGGUUGCCGUAGCUAUUGACAGCGUCAAUCAGACGUUGUUAUCAGCUCUUCAAAAGACCACGAACUCUCUGGAUUCAAAAAGACAACACCUUCUGUCCGAGCUACAAAAACUGAACACAACUCUCUAUAAUUUUAUUAAACCUGACGGAAUAAGAUUAGGUGGUGGUGGUUCGAAUUCCGGUAGGGUAGAAGUUCGAUUUCUUGGAACAUGGGGAACAGUUUGUGAUGAUGCAUUCGACAAUAAUGAUGCCAAAGUCGUAUGUCGUAUGCUUGGAAAGAGUUGGACUAAUGCAGUAGCAUAUGGUUAUCACCAUUUUGGACAAGGAUCAGGACCGAUUAUAUAUGACGAUUUAGGAUGUACUGGAGAUGAAUCAGAUCUCUUUUAUUGUCCACAUAAUGUACUCAGACAUCACAACUGUGGCCAUAGUGAAGAUGCCGGAGUGUCCUGUGGUUAGCAAUGGCAG